CGAAACUUCAGUAAUGGCCGCCUUCGCCAUUGCGACAUAUGUAGUAUGACAAGUCAUGUCAUUUUUGUCCAUGAUAUAUGAAAAAUUCCAAUGGCAGAUUCUUUCUUCGGGUUCGAUACUUCGCUAUCGAACUUAAAUGAUGAUGAAGGAGGCGGGGAACCGUCAGAGGAUGAGUAUGAUGCUCUCAACGAUGAAACCUUUGGACAGGACUCGGAGGCCCCGGACUGGGAGGUGCAGCACGAGCAGCUUGCCGAGCAGCUGGAGAGCAGCAGGCCACGACAUCAGCAGCUCGACCACGCCGCCCACCUUGAGGCGUCGCUGUCGCAGCUGGUGCUCGAUGAGCGGGACAGCGUCCAUUCCCGCGCACUGGGCUCCAGCGUGUGGCGACACAGCGAGCUACCCUUCACGCUCGCACCAACGCCGGUGCCGACGCUCAAGAAUGUGUGCACGGUGGAGGAGCUGGAGCGACAGCUGCGGCACAAACAACAACAACAGGCUUUCAACCAACAACAGAACUUCUAUCAGCCAAGAUUUCCCCCGGUAAUUCUCCAAAGGCCCCCCGGCCUACAAGCGCCAGUGCCACUGCCGUUCGCGCCGCAACAAUCCAUGCCACACAAUAUGACUCAAAUGAAUCAAUCACUCAACAAAAUCAUCGGCCAAAGCACCCAACUCGGCCAAUCCAACAUGAUGCAAAACCAAAUGGGCCAGAAUGUGAACCAAAUGGGCCAAAAUGUGAACCAAAUGGGCCAAAACGUGAACCAAUUUAUGCAGAAUGCAAAUCACAUGGGGAAUUUUCAAAACAGCAUGGGGCAGAAUAACAUGAUGAACAUGUCACAAAACAUGCAAGUACAUCAGAUGAACCAGAUGGGCCAAAAUGUGAACCAAAUGGGCCAAAACGUGAACCAAAUGGGCCAAAACGUGAACCAGAUGGGCCAAAAUGUGAACCAGAUGGGCCAAAAUGUGAACCAGAUGGGCCAAAACGUGAACCAGAUGGGCCAAAAUGUGAACCAGAUGGUCCCAAACGGUAACCAGUUCAACCCCGGUAUGAACCAGUUCCCCCACAUGAUGGGCCAACCCAGGAUGAUGGCGCCACCACCAGGAAUGAACAUGCCCAGGCAGAAUUUUAACCAAACUGUGGGCCAGUAUAAUCCUACUUUUCGUGGCCCAAAUCUACAACCCAAACCAGACCAGCAACAGUUGAACCAACAAAACAUAGUGCUCAACCAACAGAUGUUACAGAAAAACCAAUCGACCCAAAUCAACCAGAAACCGAUCAGCCAGCCUAACCCUAUCCAAUCGCCACAGAGUAAAAACCAGAAGGUUCAGCAGAGGGCACAACCCGAACAGAAAAUGCAGAAGAGCCGAGUCUACAACAACUCUAAGAACUUAGCGGCGCAGAAUCUAACGUCGCAGAAUUUAGUACAGUUGAUACAAAAUACGCACCCGAUGCUACAGUUCAACAGCAGCUUUCACAACGCAAGCCAUCACCCGAUGUUGAACAACAGAAGUAACGUCUUCAACAACAAUCAAUUUGUUAAUAGCAACAUUUACAAUAAUCAAAGGCAUAAUGGCAUGUACAGUAAUAAUAAUAGGCACGCAAUGAACGGUGACGACGGGUCGAUAUGCAGCGACACGGACGAGUACGCCGGCCUGAUGACGCAGCGCGAGAAACAAUGGCUGCUCAACAUCCAGAUGCUGCAGCUCAGCUCCGGGACGCCCUAUAUACACGACUUUUAUUACACGGUAUUCUUAGAGCGGCAGGCGAGUAAAGAGAAGGAGGGAGUCAAAGAAGCGCACAAGGCAAACCAGCAGAAUCAUCCCUUCUAUAGCGGGGCAGUGAAGCAGGAGAGUCACCCCCGCGAGCGCCACAACUCGGCCCGCCACAACUCCAGCAGCGAGGAUGCGCAGGCGACGCGGGCGUACGCGCCGCAGCAGUUCGAGAACUCGCUCGGGAAGCUGCAGUGCGGCAGCGUGACGGCCCCCCGGAAGAUCAUCGACGUGGAGCUGGUCGCCAACGAGCCCUCCCCCGGCCGCGCCAGCCGGGCCCCCAGCGUCGCCAGCACCACCAACCCUGCUGAGAUCCCGCGAGAGAUGCGGCGGACGAAGCAGCUCUUACUGGACAUCGAAGCUCUAUACCUGAUCCUGCUCCGAUUAGAGGAACUCAACGACCCCCUCGCUAUUUCCAACGCGCUUAUACUCAAGGAAAGAGAAGAGAAGCAGAAGCAACUAGAACAAGCGCAGAAGGAGGCGCUCGAGAAGGAGCAAGAAGAGGACUCGAACGUGUUCCUCAGAAACAUAGAGUCGGUGCAGCGCCGCCCCAAGCAGGACAGCCCCAAGAGCGACGCCAUAGACAAGAGACAGGUGGUAAACCUGGCGGUGAGCCAGAAGCCUCCGGUGAAGAAUCUCCUGGAUGAAGACAAGGAUGAGCUGAUCAAUAAGAUGUUCGCUGGUUUGCUCCACGGAGACCGGAUACAACAGAUGCUUACUGUCAGGAAAGGACGGACCCUGCUGUCCCGCUUCCUGCAGCGCACGGCGGCCGGCCACCCGCUGCUGCGCGGCGUGUGGAGCCGCGUGCUGCCCGCGCUCACGGCCGCCGCCAGGCGCGAUCCCGCCGGCCUGGCGCCGCUCGCGCCGCACUACAGGAAGUAUAUCCAAAACACGACGGGCUGGUCGGCCAUCUUGGAGUCGUGCAGCCUGCUGGCGGAGGCGUUCGACCCGGCGCGCACGCCGCACGCGCUCACUUCGCCCCUAACCCUCAGCUGCGUGUGCGCGCUAGUAGAAAAAGCAGCGUUACUCGUCAACACUCCAGAAGCCACGUCCAACGAGCGACAGUGGUCCAAAUUCCUCAAGACCCUGGCCAGGGCACUCAAGAACACAACAUUGACCGUAGCCAGACCAACCGCCCCGCUGCCUGAAGCCAAACUCAUGCAUCAUAUAAAGCAAUUGGAAUCCAGAAGUACGAUAGAAAUACUUCAGCGAGGUAAAACCGCUACUGAAUUCGCUGAUAUUACGAAGACGGACGUCUCAGAACAGUUGAUAAAACAUUUAUGUUAAUUUAGACAGAGAUUUGGACAAUCAGGUGGACCCCGAUACCGACCCCGCCGGCGUGGUCGACGAUUUCUCUCAAUCAGCGCUUAUGGCUAUCGACCCACUAGGGUCGAUUAAUUCUUUCAAAUAUUUUUCCUCUCAGACGACGUACUGAGCCGAGGUUCGCGCCCAACUGGGCACCCUCAGGCCUGUUGUCUUAAACGUUGUACCGGACGAGAGCCUUCAGCGCUCCCCAUCUGUCCGGCCAAGUAGUUAAUGUCAUCUGCGGCAAAUCUACAAUAAGUCACGUCAAAAAAUAAAGAAAAAAUGAAAGGACAUUCAGGUGAUUCAAGCCUGCAAUAUACGUACCAAACACAGGAAAGUCUCACGAAAUGGUUUUGACAAUGUCCCCAUCGGGAAUCGAACCGGGGCCUCCAGAUCGUGAGCUAACGCGAUAAAAAGUUUGCGUAUCGCGUUGAAGGUAUAUGUUAUACUGGACUUGAAACUUUAAUGGUUUUAACUGUGGAAUGUUUCAUAUGUAUUCGGUACAUAAUCGCUCUCGGCGCUCAACAUUUGUCCGGCCAAGUAGUUAUUGAAUAAGUACAUAAUCACACACCAGACAACCCAUACAAAAAUCUUUGUUACCGUCUGCCGUUUAACGCGUGAGUGUGAGCGAGAGAAGAGUACCGCUACUCUUAAUCCUGUCAAAUUAAGUUAAUGUUUGGCCGGAUCGAUCCCAUAUACUUUUUUUAUUUAAACAUUUUUUUGUAUCACUUUGCACACGGCUGAACGACAAAAAAAAUGCGGACUUUAUAAUGAAAGGACUUAAAUGUUUUGACUAAGAAAUUGUAGAUAAUUUUAAUUUCAGUGAUAAUGUAUAAAAAAAGAAUUACCAAAAUAGGGCGAACUUUUUUUGACUGAAAAUGGAAAUCAGAAAUAAAAAUGUCAUGGACAAUCAAUCAUCAUGAUUAAGUGUAUAAUGUAAAGUAAAUAAAGUUUAAUUUUUUUCCACAAUUUUUAUCACUUUUUAAUGAAAUGUGUGACAUUUGGAAGGUAGUACUUUGUCAGAUAGUUUCUACUUAACUGCAAGACAUACGUGCAGGGUGUUAGUGGCAUCGUAACGAAUACUGAGGGGGAUGAUUCAGACCAUGAUUCUGAGUUAAUAUCAAGUGGAAUUUCGUGUCAGAAAAUUAAUAAAAAAAUAGUAUUUUUUUUUCAAUUAUUUCCAGUAUACUUUUUUCGGAAAAUUCCACUUGAUAUCAACUCAGAAUCAUGAUCUGAAUCAUUCCUCAUAUGCUUUCGAUACGAUGUCCCGAACAUCCUGUAUAUAGAUUAUUUGUUGUAGAAUAACCAAAGUGCUAUUUUUCUAACGUCGCGAACUGAAGUUGUUAUAGAAGUCAAAUAAAAAAUAAAAUACAAAUAUAAUUUAUUGCACCAAAAUAAAAAUAAAUAAUUACAGCAGACUUAACUAGGUACAUAGCAAAUGGGUGAAUCUCAAAAUGUGUCGUUUGGUGGCGACUGUCAUAUAUUUUUUUCGUGAAAAAUUGGGGAAAUUGGGAAAAUUGGGAAAAUUGGGAAUUGAAAAAUUCCUUUUUCAUGUCGGAACCGAGGAUCCUUUUGGAUCUUUUUCAUGUCGGAACCCAAUUUUUCACGAAAAAAUAAUAUGAAAUUUCGCCACCAAACUUGAAAUUUUGAGAUUCACCCAAAUGGUGGCCUUAUCGUUUAAAGCCAACCCAUAAAAAAAAAACAUUUAUCGUGAUUAAAAAUUCGAAUUCCAAAUGACAUUCCCGGGAUCUUAAAGUACGUAAACUAAUUUUAUCCGCGGGAUAAUAUGCAAAUGGCCCCGAUUCCCGCACUUCCUAAUUUUAUUUUAAGUUAUACCUGUCAUUUUCUUAUCCGCGUAAAAGGAAAGGGACGGAUUAUUGACAGUUGUUGAUUUUAAAAUGAAUGGUAACAUAUAUAGUUACACUUUGAAUCGUCAAUUUUUACAUUACGAACGUGUCAUCCGCCUAAAACUACUGCAGUUUCUCACAACCUGUAUAGCCGGGGAAAAGUAGGUGCAAGAAAAACCAUGGCACAGGGACUGAGUAUAACCCGGGAACACAAUAAGCAUCUCGCUCAUAUGAAAUCCGUUUGACGUGUGCCGUCAACUUAAUUCUGUCGGGUUAUUGGCCGAUAUAAAGUAUUGGAAGGAUCUUUUAAACUGCCUAAAAUUUACGUGUGUUCCAUAAAUUGUAUGCCUGGCGAUUACCCGUCCCCUUCCUUUCCUGCGGAUAAGAAAAUUACAGGUAUAAUUUAAAAUAAAAUUAGAUGGUGUGUUUAGGAAUCACCAAUCACCACCAUUAUGUAUAUUAGAAAAUAUUUUGUCCGUCAGUAUCAACGAAAAUUUAAAUCUUCAUUUCGUUCAGAAAUUUUGACUCCUAUAUACAAUUUUAGAUUAAGAGACAUAGUUUUUUAAUGUACCUAUAUUCACCUGUAUAAUAUUUAUAUCUGUUAUAUUAUGUAUGUCUAUAUAACGAUUUUAUUUUAAUUAUGUAUACGAAAUGGGAUUGCGCGUAAUUUUGAAUGCUAUAUAUUGAUAUACAAAUAUGUAUACCACCUUAUAUUCUUCUUCUAUCGUGUGGGUUGUGAGGUGGAGUACGAACCUCAUCAACCCUGGUGUCUUGACGUUAUAUUAAAAGCCACAUAUAAAUAGCCUUUAUACGUCCCACUGCUGGGUACAUGCCUCCCCUCAAACAACCGGAGGGGGUAAGGAGCAUACUCCACCACGCUGCUCCACUACAAACUGCCAACUCCAAGCCACGUAAACUUCCUUUUUUGAAAAAUUACAUUCUUCUGAGUUAAUAUCAAGUGGAUAUUUCUGUCGGCAAAUUCGAGCAGAGCAGUAAGGCUAUCUCUCAUUUAUUCUCCUACGUUUACGACAUUCACUGUUCAUUUUGAGUGCAAUAAAAAUUAAACGAUAGUUGUAUUUAGGCAUUUUAGUUGGGUAGUUCUCAAACUAUCUUUUUUCUUGCUCUAUAGAACGUUAUAUACUUAACAAUACACGACGCUUCACCGUUUGGUGCGUGUCGGGUAGCAAAUCCGAUGGUUAUUAUAUUAUAUUUAGUAAAAUAUAUUAACGUUAUAGUUAGAUUAAAGAAACUCCGUUCAAUCCCAUUUCUUUUUCAUGUUCAUUUUAAUCGAAAAAAGUCAUUCUGAUAUUAGUUUAGCAAAGAAUGACGUCAUCGAAUCGUGCGAGUCAACUUGCCGCCUCCACUUGCCUUUAGUUGUGAGAACUGUCUAGUUAACGUCUACAUCGGUGGACAAAUGACGUCUGUCAAAAAUCAAAAUCAAAUUCCUUUAUUCAACGUCGUCAAAGAAUCUUGUCAAAGGUCGAUUUUACGGUAUUUCUUAUUGUAAACUUGGCUUUCAACAAAUUUAUCUUUGGCAAUUACGUUGAAUAAAUGAAUUUGAUUUUGAUUUACGUAAUCAGUGAGUUGUCAAGUUGACUCGCACGAAUUAUUGCCUUCGAAAGUCUGAGGAAAUAGCAUUACGACGGGGUUGCCAGUUAUUUUCAAUAAAAACUACCAAUUGCACGCUCGUUUAUCACAAGAAAAUCUCUGGCAACACUAAACAAAAACGAAGUAUAACACAUUCAUUUAUUUCUGUAAAUAUUAAGAAUAGACAAACGAUUUGAAAAAAGGUUUUAUUAUCAUAGUAGAAUUAGAUGCUUUUAAUUUAAAAUAUGCUUUUAAUAACGGCCGGUCAGAGAUAUAUGAUAGUUUUCAAAAUGGCGGCUUUUUAGUAAAAUUUUUAAACGUUGUAAAGUCACAAUGUAACGAGUCUUUACAUUUCCUUCGAGACGACAUUUUGUUCGAAUUCGAAUAUAUUUUUUUCUUAAAUGCGUAAUUGUUAUAAUAUUUAAUGUAUAUUUAAAAGAUAAACUCGGCCAAAAUAUAUAUGGAUAUCGUUGAAUUUUUGCUUUAUCGAAUUUUAAUUAUAUGAAAAUUAUCCAAUUUGUCACAAGAUGAAAAGUUCAUAUAUUUUUGGACGAGUUAACGUAAAUCUUAGGUCACUUAAAGGAAUUAUAAAGACUACAAUUAUAUGCUUAUUGUAAAAAGAAAAAUAUUUUCAAAAUGGCUGACUAAAAUAUGUUUUUGAUCGGCCAUUUAGCGGGGGUAACAAUACAAGAAAAAACAAUCCACUGAAUUUUCAAAAUGGAGGAUAUAUGUUUUAAAUCCAUACAAAUUCUUGGAUUAACAUAAAAAAACGCUAUUUUACUUGAGGAUUGAUUUUUUGUUGUGUAAAAAAAAAACUGCGAUCAGGCAACGUGAUGGUCUUAUUUUUUUCUUAAUUCCACGUGCAAUUUUUUUCGGCGUGAUUCUCUUGUGAUAUUCGAAAGAAAAGUCAGUCCUCAGUGAAAUUUUAAGAAAAAAAAAUCACAUUUCUACAUUUGUUUUACGUUAAUGUGACUUUUUAGCUUAAUGUAAAAACAAAAAUAAUUAACUAUGUAUUGAUUGUACAAUGAUUAAGUCGAUGGAAAAAUAUUUAAAAAAACUGACUCUAAAAUUUAUUAAUUAAAAAAGGGUCGUUUGAUUUUAGUCGCGAUAUAAUGCAAUUUCAUGUUAAAAUCGCUGCAGGCGCUUGUACGUGAUGAGAUCCGGUUUUGAUCCUAAUUUGACCACUUUAGUCGAUUUUCGUCCUAGCGAGACUGACCAAAAUUGACCAUUGUGAUCAAAACUGGUCGCUUACGACCACGGUAAUCAAACGAUCGACGUUUAAAUUCCAAUUUCAAUUUUAUUUAUUUUUCUUUUCUCCCACGUCGAUGCGACCAGGUCUUUUCACGUACAAGUUUCUUUGACGUAUUUUUUUUAAAGUAGUUUAAAAAAUGUAUAUAAUAAAGUAUCUACUGCCAGUAACUUCGUAAAUCAUAUAAGUUAUAUGCAAAGAAAAUAUUUGUUAACAAUACAUUUUUUUUUUGUAAAAUAACGUUUUAUUUUUGCGUUUAGCGGGAGAUGUUCUUUUUUACUAUUGGUAGUUUUUAGUUUUUUUUAUCCAUAAAAUAAAAUAGAGAAUUUGUUUAUAGUA